CCAGACUUUCAACCGCAACUCAUCACCAAACCCUCCAUACGUCCAUAAACAACGACAACAGCACUUCCAACGGCAUGGCCAUACACGCGCACUCCCAAUAACCCGUCUCCCAUCUCAAUUGCCCAUACCACCACCCUCACAAUGGCCCGCCGAUCCGUCCGGAGCCUCCUCGCCCGGCACCUCCCUUUCUCCCCCACCACCACCCCCCUCCAAGCGACAACCUACCUCGUCUUCGUCUCCCUCUCCUCCAUCGCCUUCCUCGUCUUCCUCAACGCCGCACUCUCCUUCGUCAUCACCGCGCGCCUCGGCGUCGUCGAGGGCGUCGGGAAUCUCGUCGGCACGCUCGGAUUCGUCGAUGAGCUCGUCGCGAUUGUUGCGUGUCCGCUGGCGGGGGCUCUUUCGGAUCGUAUCGGCGUGAGAUGGGUGUGUGUGGUUGGGUUUGGAGGGGUUGCGGGGGGGUUGGUCGCGGUUGUUAGUGUGGGGAGUGUGGUGCCGGGGUUGGUGGCGGCGAGGGUAUUGUUUAGUCUUGGGGGGGCGGCGACGGCGACUAUGGUAACGGCAAUUUUACCGGCUGUUACCGGGGUGGAGAGGCCGAGAGAGAGGAGAGAAGCUCCUCCGAUUAUCACCACUACGGAUACAAAUGAUACCACCACCACCACGCCUCUCCUCUCUCCCCCUCCCACUCCCAUUACCCCACCCUCCCGCGCCUCCCGUGCCUCAACACCUCCGCGCAUGGCAGGCCUCGUAGGCCUCUUCACCGGCCUCGGCGCCCUCCUCGCACUCACCCUCUUUCUCCCCCUCCCUGCCCAAUUCGCCUCCUUCAAAGGAAUCACUCAAUCCGCUGCCGUCGCCUACGCCUUUUACACCGUGGCCACUGUUGCCGUUCUCGUUGCGGGCGCGUGUUUCAUUGGUCUACGUGGGAUCCGUGGCGAUGAGGGGAAGGGGUGGCGUAGCUUAUUUGGUCGCUCGUCCACCACCACCACUGAUGCUUCGCCCGCUGCACCGCUGCAGCCUUACCACCGCCUCUUACUCUCUGCUGCGCGAUUGGGUUUCACGUCGGCCCCUCUUCGUCUCGCCUACCUGGGAGGAUUCGUCGCAAGAGCGUCGUCGGUCGCGAUAUCCCUCUUCAUCCCGCUAUCUAUAAACGCAUUUUUCAUGAGCCACGGCUUCUGUCGCGGCGCGCCUAACGAUACUACACCAGAGCUGAAGGAGGAGUGUCGCGCCGCGUACGUCCUUGCCGCGCAGCUAACAGGCGCAUCUCAGCUCGUCGCCCUGUUGUGUGCGCCGCUGUUCGGGAUACUGUCAGAUAGGUAUAGACGAUUCAACGCCCCGCUGAUUGGUGCAGCGGCGGCGGGAGUAGUUGGCUUCGUAGCAUUUGCCCGGCUCGAGAGUCCGGAGAUUAUGGAUGUAGAAGGGAGAGGGGGGAGCGCGUGGGUGUUUUUAAUUGUGGCGCUCAUUGGGAUUAGCCAGAUUGGCGCAAUUGUGUGUAGCCUCGGCUUGCUAGGCAGGGGCGUUCAGGGCGAGGAUGGGGGGUAUACUCUUUCGUCGCAACUAGGAGAUGAGUAUCGUGCGCGGAGUAGGGAGGGAGGUGGUGAUGAUGUGGAGACGGCGGGUGGGGAGGAGGAAAAGGGGAUGAGCCACCUAAAGGGCUCGAUUGCGGGGGUCUAUUCGCUUUCUGGUGCAGCGGCGAUCUUGCUGCUGACGAAGCUAGGGGGAUACCUGUUUGAUGAGGUGGCGGCGGGGGCGCCGUUUUAUAUGAUGGCGGCAUUUAAUGGGGUGUUAUUAGUUGUAGGCGUCGUGACGGCGGCGCAUGGAGAGCUGACGAGGGCGAGGAAGAGGAGGGGGGUUGUGUUAGAUUGAGGUUGGGUAGCGAUAUGAUGAGAAUUUAGCAUUAUCGGAGUUGGUUUAUAUGAGAUCUAAGAGACCUUUACAGAUGGCUGGUAAAAAAAUAGCAAAGCAUACGACAGUGUCUAUUCGCUAGUAGUCACUACCCACCUACAAAUCCAUUUGUCUUUAGCAAACACCUAGAUAAUAGCUACAUUAGUAAUACCUAAUAUAGUCGUGAGCCUCG